AUGGCUCCAACUCAAGAAGUACAAACCGACACUCAGGCCGGACACGAUCAGAAGGAGAAGGAGGCGGAGGUGAUACACCAGGAGCUUUCUAUAGAACGAAACAAUAUGUGCCCGGCGGAAUGGCUAUCACGAUACCCUCUCAUUGCAGACAAAUCGGAGACGGAGCUGAAGAAGCUUCGGAAAGGACUAGUACGCAAAUUGGACUGGAUCUUCUUGCCUACUAUCACGGUUAUGCUGCUUCUAGGUUACCUGGACCGAAUCAACGUUGCAAACGCCCGACUCGCUGGGCUACAAGACGAUCUCGGAAUGGAUGAUAAGAUCUGGAGCUUGGGUAUCAGUGCCUUCUACAUUGGGUUCAUCAUCUCGCAACUGCCCGCAACCGUAUACCUCGCGCGUGGUAGACCACAAAUCCAGAUCCCGCUACACGUCAUUGCCUGCUGGUAUACGAAGGAAGAGGCGCCACUGAGGAUGGCUAUCUGGCACGCGGGAAACAUCAUUUCCAACGUCUUUUCUGGUUUGCUGGCUGCUGGAAUUCUCACAAACAUGGAAGGCGUGGCCAAUUUGAGAGCCUGGCAGUGGUUCUUCAUCAUUGAGGGUGUUGCCGGUGCAGCGCUUGGUAUUGGUGCAUUUUGGGGAAUACCGAAUUAUCCACACGACCACAACGUGCGAUGGAUCAGUCCCGAGCAGGCCGAGCUAGCUCAAUAUCGUAUGCUCUGCUCGAACGGCGGUGUUACGGAGAAUGAUGACGGAGGCAUGUGGGAGGGUGUCAAGCUCGCCAUCUUCGACCCCUUUACUUGGAUUUUUACCGUAUUGCACACGGGGCUGAUCCUGGCGCUCGCAUUCAAGGACUUCUUCCCUUCGAUCGUCGCAACGCUUGGAUAUUCUGAUUUGAUGACCUACCUGAUCCAGGCACCACCAUACGUCUUUGCGUAUAUUGCAUGUAUUGGAUUCUCAUGGUCCGCCGGAAAAUACAUGGAGCACUGCUGGCACAUCAUCGCAACCUCCAUGAUGAGCAUUAUCGGUACCGCCAUUGUUAUAUCUACGAUGAACGUUGGAGCGCGCUACUUUGGCAUGUUCUUCAUGUGCGCGGGUCCUUUCGUCGGUUUGAAUAUUCACAUUCCCUGGGAAACAACCAAUGUCUUCAGCCCUCGAACGAAACGUGGCGCGCUUCUGGCGAUUACCCAUUCCAUCGCUUCAGCGACGCACUGGUUCAGCCCGUACUUCUUCCUUCGAUCCCAAGAGCCAAUGUAUGAAAAUGGUGGCAUUCUGAUCAUUGUUGGAGCUGUUCUGGGCAUUGCUGGAUGUCUUGUCUGUAAGUGGUAUGUAAAGAAGCUCAACAAGAAACUCGACGAGCACGAGAGGGAGCACAGUCUACCCAAGGGCUGGCGCUAUGUUGAUUAG